CCAAGUUUACAAACAGCCCAGUCUAUAUAGUCCAGGCAGUGGAAUCUACUCUAAACUAUCGAGCAUUUGAGAAUGGAACCAGAUGAGCUUGAAUUUAUUGGAGAAAACGCAACCAUCGGAGUGAUUCCGAACUUCCAUCAUGACCCUAUUUACCUAAUAUCGGGACCGAUUGGACCGUUCCGUGGAGGUCAGCCUUUACAUAUUCCACUGUGGUUUGCCAUUCAUCUGAGACAGCAGCAAAAGUGUCGUAUCGUUCCUCCGCUGUGGAUGGACAUCGGUCUGCUGGAGGACAUCAAGGAAGAGGAGAAACGUACCAGAAAUUUUACAAAAAUGCCCAGCGAACACUACAUGGUUGAAGCGAAACUGAUUCUCAACACAGCUCCUGAAGACGUUCCACAGUCGGAUGAAAUAAAAACGCUCAUCAAAGAUAUUUGGGACAUUCGUUGUGCCAAGCUGCGAACAACUACCGAUAUGUACCUUAAGGGCGAAGCUGAGCUGGUGAAGCUGGACAAUAUUACUAUAGUGGAGCUGAACACCAUUCGGCCGUUCCUGCCGCAUGCGAUGGAUAUGCUGAUGCGGAUUUUGAAUGCGAAACAAGGGCCCACCCAAAAUUUUUCUAUUCACAAUCAGUCCGUAAUGAUGAGUAGCAUGACCGGGUCACACUCGCGUUACGCAUCGUAGUGAUAAGUAGAAUGUGUAUUUCCAAAAUAUAAGGUAAUUAUUUAAAAUUAGAGUUUAAAAUUAAAAUUAGAUUGUUUUUACUAAUUAUA